AUGGCAGGUAAUAAGGUAUUUCUUCCAUGUGACACUCAGCCCAGUGCUCAAGACAAGGUGGACAUGGUGCUGUGGUUCAAAAAGGCUAAUGGGCAACCUUUUUACACUUAUGAAGUGCGCGGGCGCCCAAUGAAUCAGCCGAAAUCGUCAUUCAGUGCAAUUGGUACUCGAGGCUACUUCUACGCCAUGUCCACUCCUGCUAUUCUUUUAUUGGAACAUGUGACUCCAGCAGAUAGUGGAAUAUACUGGUGUCGGGUAGACUUCCUACACUCAGCAACACGAAAUUAUAUGGUUAAUUUGACAGUCAUCACUCCACCGAAUCAACCAACUAUAAUUGAUGCGAGGACGCAGGAUUCAAUUCGCUUGUUGGAACCUUAUAAUGAAGGAGACACGAUUGAGCUAUUGUGUGAAGUAAAAGGAGGAAAUCCACGGCCAAGUCUCAUAUGGUAUUUAGAGAACACCAUAAUAGAUGAGACGUUUGAAGAAGAGGACAAUGGAGUUACCAGCAAUGCAUUAACAUUCCCAAGAUUGGGGCGACAGCAUCUUAAUGCUAGGCUUAGUUGUCAGGCCUCCAACACAAACUUAUCGCCACCGCCGAGUAAAGUUAUUAUCCUGAACAUAAACUUGAGGCCUCUAAGUGUGCAGAUAGUGAAGAAACAAGAACAGCUUUCUGCUAACCGCAGUUACGAGGUCGAAUGCAUCGUUACUGGGUCUCGUCCUGCACCGCAGAUUACCUGGUGGAUAGGUUCUAGGCCUCUAAGAGAUAAUGUCAUUAAUUUUUCACAGUCCAACUUGACUCGAAGUGUAGUGCAGCUAGUACCAGAAGCACAAGAUCAUGAAAGAUUGCUAAUUUGCCAUGCUGAGAAUCCUCAUCUCAGGGCAAAGAGCCUUGAGGACACGUGGAAAUUAGACGUUCAAUAUGUACCAAUAGUCAGCCUCAAAAUAAGCCUGACUAGCAAGAAGUCGAAUCACACCUUGGAAGGAGAUGACGUUUACUUGGAAUGCACUGCACGAGCCAAUCCUCGUCCUAGUAAAUUCUUUUGGUUCAAACAGGGUAUGCAAAUAGAGCACAACGCCAGCGCAGGGGUUUUUGUGAGCGAGCAAAGCCUGGUGCUGCAAAAUGUAACUCGCAUCGAUUCCGGAGAGUAUAAAUGUGCAGCACAGAACGAUGAAGGAAAAUCUACAAGCAACCCAGUUUAUUUACAAAUUAGAUAUCCUCCAGUGUGUAUCUCAUCGAAGAACAGCCAAGUAUUCGUAGUGCUGGAGAAGAAGACGAUAGAGUUAAUCUGUGAAGUUAACUCUAGCCCGCCACCUAAACACUUUAUGUGGUCGUUCAAUAAUUCCAAGGAAUACAUGGAUAUAGAUCCAAAGUACUACAAAUCAAGGGGAAGUACAUCAACUUUGCUGUACACACCCAGUACAGAAGAGGAUUUUGGUGUCGUCUCAUGUUUAGCUGUAAACACCGCAGGUCUUCAAGACGAACCAUGCAGCUUCAUACUGGCGGCUCCUAAACAACGCCUCGCAGUUAUUCGCUAA